AUGGCUAUGAUGCCAAUCACUGCGUUCUGGGUGAAAGUGAAUGCCAUGUGGCAAGGUGGCUGUAGACAGACUUUCAAUAUGUGUACAAACACCACGUGUCAUGCAAGACCACCUUCCCAGACCUCGUCCGGCGCUGCUUGUACUCCCUCAGUCAAUUUUAUGCCACAAGGCUCGAAGCAGAGCACAGGGGUGCACAAGGCAAAUAAGGACUGCGGAAAUCAAGGCAAAAAGAUACCUGCAUGGCUAGAGAGGAAGCAUCGUAAAGUUGCUAGAGUCAAGAAGAGCAGGAAUCUCCACAGGAAGAUGGGCAGUGAUGACGAUGAAGACGACGAUAAUGAGAUCGUCUCUUUCGAAGAGAUAGCGGCCGCUCGAAAGCAUAUCAACAACACCUAUGAAGUUCAACCAUUGAGCCAGGCCACCGGUAAAACAAUCAUUAAAGUCGAUGAUCCCUCUACUGUCAUGGCUACUCUGAGCCCUACCCAAGCCAUCGAGCAAACAUGUUCCCAUCUCAUAUAUCUCAGUGAUUGCGCACCUGGUCCCAGUGCAGACAAUUCAAGCCUCCCUAUGCCUGGACAAGCCCCGAGUAACUCUGUGACGGACGGUGUCACUGAUGCCUUAGAUGAUGAUUUUGUUCAACCUGACGGUUCUCCCAUGCCACAGGACAUCGAUAUGCAACAAGAUGUCGAGGAACUGUUUGUGGAUGAUUACAAUUUCCAACUCGACGACGGAUUAUUUUCUGGGGUUGGUCACGAUCAUGCAAUGACCCCUUCCACUCAAUGUUUACUCUUGCUGAGGUGUCUGAUGAUAAAGAUGGCGAUGCGAGUGUCAAAGAAAUCUCUACACGUCACAGUUCAUGUUUGA